GACGCAUCGCAGGAUGCCAGGGACCUGCGAGCCGCGCCCGUCCUCGGGCAGCACCUCUGCCUCCGGCCUGGGAGCGCCACCGCGGCUGGGCGUCUCCGCCGCCCCCGCGGCCCCAACCCGCAGUCCUGAGCUGAAAGCGUCUACUGUAUGUGGUCCAGGAGCGGACUUGAGCCUCGGAAGAAGCAGAAAGGAUGUUUGCUGUGUUGGCUUGUGCUACACAGACAGCCUUGUGAGCGCUGUGGGCUAUGGGAUGGAUGAGGUGGAGCAGGACCAGCAUGAGGCCCGACUCAAGGAGCUGUUUGACAGUUUUGACACAACGGGCACCGGGUCCCUGGGACAGGAGGAACUCACCGACCUUUGCCACAUGUUGAGCUUGGAGGAGGUGGCCCCACUGCUGCAACAGACGCUGCUUCAGGACAACCUCUUGGGCAGGGUGCAUUUUGACCAGUUUAAAGAAGCGUUAAUACUUAUCUUGUCUAGAACUCUGUCAAAUGAAGAACACUUUCAAGAACCAGACUGCUCACCAGAAGCUCAGCCCAAAUAUGUUAGAGGUGGUAAGCGUUACGGACGAAGGUCCCUACCUGAGUUUCAGGAAUCUGUGGAGGAGUUUGCAGAGGUGACAGUGAUUGAGCCACUAAAUGAAGCAGCACGGCCUUCACACAUCACAGCCAGCGACUGCAAUGAGCACUGGAAGACGCAACGCAGUGAGGAAUAUGAAGCAGAAGGCCAGUUAAGAUUUUGGAACCCAGAUGAUUUGAAUGCCUCGCAAAGUGGAUCUUCCCCUCCCCAAGACUGGAUAGAAGAGAAACUGCAGGAGGUUUGUGAAGAUUUGGGGAUCACCCGUGAUGGCCACCUGAACCGAAAGAAGCUGGUCUCCAUCUGUGAGCAGUAUGGUUUACAGAAUGUCGAGGGAGAGAUGCUUGAGGAUGUCUUCCAUAAUCUUGAUCCUGAUGGUACAAUGAGUGUAGAAGAUUUUUUCUAUGGCUUGUUCAAAAAUGGAAAAUCCCUUACACCAUCAGCAUCUACGCCAUAUAGACAAUUGAAAAGGCACCUCUCCAUGCAGUCUUUCGAUGAAAGUGGACGACGUACUACAACCCUGUCGGCAAAGACAAGUACCACUGGCUUUCGGGUCUUUUCCUGCCUGGAUGAUGGGAUGGGCUAUGCAUCUGUGGAAAGAAUCCUUGACACCUGGCAGGAAGAGGGCAUUGAGAACAGCCAGGAGAUCCUGAAGGCCUUGGAUUUCAGCCUUGAUGGAAAUGUCAACUUGACGGAAUUGACGCUAGCUCUUGAAAAUGAACUUUUGGUCACCAAGAACAGCAUUCACCAGGCUGCCUUGGCCAGCUUUAAGGCUGAGAUCCGGCAUUUGCUGGAGCGAGUUGAUCAAGUGGUCAGAGAAAAAGAGAAGCUACGGUCAGAUCUGGACAAGGCUGAGAAGCUCAAAUCUUUAAUGGCCUCAGAGGUGGACGAUCACCAUGCAGCCAUAGAGCGGCGAAAUGAGUACAACCUCAGGAAACUGGAUGAAGAGUACAAGGAGCGCAUAGCAGCCUUAAAGAAUGAACUCCGGAAGGAGAGAGAGCAGAUUCUGCAACAGGUGAGCAAGCAGCGUUUGGAACUUGAACAGGAAAUUGAAAAGGCAAAAACAGAAGAAAACUACAUCCGGGACCGCCUCACCCUCUCUUUAAAGGAAAACAGUCGUCUUGAAAAUGAGCUUCUGGAAAAUGCAGAGAAAUUGGCAAAAUAUGAGAAUCUGACAAACAAACUACAGCGAAAUUUGGAGAAUGUGUUAGCAGAAAAGUUUGGUGACCUUGAUCCUAGCAGUGCUGAAUUCUUUCUGCAAGAAGAGAGGCUGGCGCAGAUGAGAAAUGAAUAUGAGCAGCAGUGCAGGAUGUUACAAGACCAAGUGGAUGAACUCCAGUCUGAGCUGGAAGAAUAUCGUGCACAAGGCAAAGUGUUCAGACUUCCCUUGAAGAACUCCAUGUCAGAAGAGCUUGAUGGUAACAGCGGUGGCAUUGAGCCUGACCAGGGGCUUGGUUCUGAAGAGUGCAAUCCACUGAAUAUGAGCAUCGAGGCGGAGCUGGUCAUCGAACAGAUGAAAGAACAACAUCACAGGGACUUGAGUUGCCUAAAACUGGAGCUUGAAGAUAAAGUGCGCCAUUAUGAAAAGCAGCUAGAUGAGACCAAGGUCACCUAUGAAAAGGAACAGGAGGGCAUGAAGCAGAAGUAUGAGGAUGAAAUACACACCUUGGAAAAGCAAAUCAGUGGCCUUAAAAAUGAAAUUGCAGAACUUCAGGAGCAAGCAGUGGUGCUAAAGGAGACACAACACAAGACUACCUGCAGACACCAGGAGGAGAAAAAACAACUGCAAAUGAAGUUUGAUGAGGAACAGACUCAUCUGCAGGAAAAGCUAAGACUGCAACAUGAAGUAGACCUCAAGGCUAGACUGGAACAGAUAGAGGAAAGCUUUAACCGAGAGAGGGACGGACUGAUUCAUAAAGGCGCCUGGGCAGAAGAGAAGGUGAGAGACUUAACCCAGGAGCUAGAACAGUUUCACCAGGAGCAGCUGAAAAGCCUGGUGGAGAAGCAUACCCUAGAAAAAGAGGAGUUGCGAAAAGAGCUCUUGGAAAAACACCAGAGGGAACUUCAAGAGGGAAGGGAAGAAAUGGAAACUGAGUGUAAUAGAAGAACCUCUCAGAUAGAAGCCCAAUUUCGGGCUGAUUGUCAGAAAGUCACUGAGAGAUAUGAAGAUGCUCUGCAAAGCCUCGAGGGGCGCUAUCGCCAAGAGCUGAAGGACCUCCUAGAACAGCAACGUGAGGAGAAAUCCCAGUGGGAAUUUGAAAAGGAUGAGCUCACCCAGGAGUGUGCAGAAGCCCAGGAGCAGCUUAAAGAGACUCUUCAAAGAGAGAAAGCAACUUCUCUGGUCCUGACCCAGGAGAGAGAAAUGCUGGAGAAAACAUACCAAGAACAUUUGAACAGUAUGGUUGUUGAGAAAGAGCAGCUACUCAAAGACCUGGAGGAUCUAAAAAAUGUGUCUGAAAGUCAGCAAAGCCUACUGUCCAACCAGAUACUUGAGCUGCAGAGCAAUCACGAAAGAGAGCUGAAGGACUGUGAGCAGGUCCUGUGCCAGGCAGGGGCCUCGGAGCAGCUGGCCAGCCAGCGGCUUGAGAAGCUAGAGAUGGAACAUGAGCAGGAAAGGCAUGAAAUGAUGUCCAAGCUUCUGGCCAUGGAGAGCAUCCAUAAAGAGACCUGUGAGAAAGCAGAUCGAGAGAGGGCCGAGAUGAGCACCGAAAUCUCCAGGCUUCAGAAUAAAUUAAAGGAAAUGCAGCAGGCAGUAUCAUCUCUCUCCAGGCUUGAGAGUGGCUGCCAGGCAAUGGGAGUGGGGGAGGCAGAAGGAAAUGGCACCAUGUCACUGCUGCAGCAAGGGGAGCAGCUGUUGGAAGAAAAUGGAGACGUCCUCUUAAGCCUGCAGAGAGCUCACGAGCGAGCAGUGAAGGAAAAUGUGAAAAUGGCUACUGAAAUUUCUAGGUUGCAGCAAAGACUGCAAAAAUUAGAGCCAGGGUCAGUAAUGUCUUCAUGUUUAGAUGAACCAAGUACUGAAUUUUUGGGAAAUUCUCUGGAACAAACAGAGCCAUUUUUACUGCAAAACAGAAUGAAGCGAAUAGAAGAUAUAACCAAGAAGCGUGUCCUAAGUGACUUGCAAGAUGAUGAGACCCGGGAUCUGGGAAGUACAGACACGAGCUCUGUUCGGAGGCAGGAGGCCAAAAUAGACUCUGAAGCAUCAAUAGAGAGUUUUUCUGAGCUUGAAAAUAGUGAAGAGACCAGAGCUGAGACCUGGGACCUAAAGAUUCAGAUUAGUCAGCUUCAGGAACAACUAACAAUCUUACGUGCCGACUGCGACCGAGCUUCUGAAAAGAAACAGGACCUUCUUUUUGAUGUGUCGGUGCUUAGAAAGAAACUAAAGACACUUGAGAGAAUCCCUGAGGCUUCUCCCAAGUAUAAGUUGUUAUAUGAAGAUGCUAGUAGAGAAAAUGACUGUCUUCAGGAAGAGCUGAGACUGAUGGAGACCCACUAUGAUGAAGCACUUGAAAAUAACAAAGAACUGACUUCAGAAGUGUUCAGAUUGCAGGAAGAGCUCAAGAAAGUUGAGGAAGUGACUGAGACAUUCCUUAGCCUGGAAAAGAGUUAUGAUGAAGUCAGAGGAGAAAAUGAGGAGCUGCAUGUUCUAGUUUUGAGACUUCAGGGAAAGAUUGAGAAGCUGCAGGGAAGAUCAGUGCUGCAGUGUGACUGCCUCUCAUUAUGGGAAGCCCAUUUAGAUAACCUGCAAGCUGAACCUGAUGAAAAGGUACUUGAACUAAAUCAGACGCUGGAAGAGUGUGCGCCAAAGGUUACAAAUGCACACCAUAUUAUAGAAGAACAUAAGCAAGAAAACCAAUACCUUGAGCAGGAGAAUACACGAGUCCUGGAAAAACUAAAAGCACAUGAAGUUGCUUGGUUACAAGGAACAAUUCAGACACAUCAAGAAAAGCCAAGAAUACAGAACCAAGCUAUACUGGAAGAAAACACUGCCCUUCUAGGCCUUCAAGACAAACACUUUCAGCGUCAGGCCACAAUAGCAGAAUUAGAGCUGGAGAAAAAAAAGCUACAGGAGCUGACUAGAAAGUUGAGGGAGAGAGUCACUGCUUUAGUUAAGCAAAAAGAUGUACCUUCUCAAGGAGAAAAGGAGGAAGAGCUGAAGUCAAUGAUGCUUGACUUGCAAAGCACGUGCAGUGAGAUGCAGCAAAAAGUUGAACUUCUAAGAUAUGAAUCUGAGAAACUUCAAGAGGAAAAUUCUAUUUUGAGAGACGAAAUUACUAGUUUAAAUGAAGAAGAUAGCAUUUCUAACCUGAAAUUAGGGAAAUUAAAUGGAUCUCAGGAAGAAAUGUGGAAAAAAAUAGAAACUGUAAAAAAGGAAAAAGAUGUUGUUCAGAAGAUGGUUGAAAAUUUAAAGAAACAGAUUUCAGAAUUAAAAGCCAAAAACCAACAGUUGGAUUUGGAAAAUACAGAACUUAGCCAAAAGAACUCUCAAAAUCAGGAAGAAUUGCAAAAACUUAAUCAACGUCUGGCAGAAACGCUAUGCCAGAAAGAAAAAGAGCCAGGACACAGUACAUUUGAGGAAUGGGAACAAGAAAAGUCUAAUCUGACAGAAGAACUGGAAAAUUGUAAACUGCAGUCUUCCACUUUAGUCUCUUCCCUGGAGGCAGAACUUUCUAAAGUUAAAAUACAGACCCAUAUUGUGGAACAGGAAAACCGCCUUCUCAAAGAGGAACUGGAAAAAAUGAAACAACUGCACAGAUACCCUGAUCUCUCUGACUUCCAGCAAAAAAUUUCUAGUGUUCUAAGCUGCAAUGAAAAACUGCUGAAAGAAAAGGAAGCUCUAAGUGAAGAAUUAAGUAGCUGUAUUAAUAAGUUGGCAAAAUCAAGUCUUUUAGAGCACAGAAUUGCUACUAUGAAGCAGGAACAGAAGUCUUGGGAGCACCAGAGUGAAAGCUUAAAGGCACAGCUGGUGGCUUCACAGGGAAAGGUUCAAAGUUUAGAAGAUACCCUACAGAAUGUGAAUCUGCAGAUGUCCCGGAUUAAAUCUGACCUACGGGUGACUCAGCAGGAAAGGGAGACUUUAAAACAAGAAGUGAUGUCUUUACAUAAGCAACUUCAGAAUGCUGGUGACGAGAACUGGGCCCCAGAAAUAGCUACACAUCCGUCAGGGUUCCAUAACCAGCAGAAAAGGCAGUCUUGGGACAAGUUGGAUCAUUUGAUGAAUGAGGAACAACAGCUGUUUUGGCAGGAGAAUGAGAGACUCCAAACCGUGGUGCAGAACACCAAAGUGGAACUCACACACUCCCGGGAGAAGGUUCGUCAACUGGAAUCCAACCUUCUCCCCACGAAACACCAAAAACAUCUAAACCCAUCAGGUACUGUGAAACCCACAGAGCAAGAGAAGUUGAGCUUAAAGAGAGAAUGUGAACAGUUUCAGAAAGAACGAUCUCCUAACAGGAAGGUGGGUCAGAUGAAUUCCCUUGAACGAGAAUUAGAAACAAUUAACUUGGAAAAUGAAGGCCUGAAAAAGAAACAAGUAAAACUGGAUGAGCAGCUAAUGGAGAUGCAGCACCUGAGGUCCACUGUGAUGCUUAGCCCAUCCCCUCGUGCUUGGGAUCUGCAGCUGCUCCAGCAGCAAGCCUGUUCGAUGGUGCCCAGGGAGCAAUUUCUGCAGCUUCAACACCAGCUGCUGCAGGCGGAAAGGAUCAACCAGUGCCUGCAGGAGGAACUUGAAAACAGGACCUCCGAAACCAACACGCCACAGGGAAACCAGGAACAACUAGUAACUGUCAUGGAGGAACGCAUGAUGGAAGUUGAACAGAAACUGAAACUGGUGAAGAGGCUUCUCCAGGAGAAAGUGAAUCAGCUCAAAGAACAACUCUGCAAGAAUACUAAAGCAGAUGAGAUGGUGAAGGAUUUGUAUGUUGAAAAUGCUCAGUUGUUGAAAGCUCUGGAAAUGACUGAACAGCGACAGAAAACAGCAGAGAAGAAGAAUUACCUCUUAGAAGAGAAGAUUGCCAGCCUUAGUAAUAUAGUCAGGAAUCUGACACCAGCGCCACUGACUUCUACACCUCCUCUGAGGUCAUAGCCAAGCCAAAGAAUAUUUGUGCACUUUACUGAAAUGGAUGGAACAUUUCAGUAGGUUCUCACAAUCCCUCCCCCCUUUUUUUUUUUUUUUUUAACCUUUAAUGGCUUAAAAUUAAGCCUAAGCUAAAACUGCCAGCAAAGGAUUGGCGUCUCCGUUCAUUUUAAUUAGUUUUUCUAAACAGAUCCUUACAGGAGUUUUGAACAAAUAUUCACAUGUUUCACUCUGUUUAAAUAUUCUUAAACUUUCUAUUUAUUUUUUUAAAUAUGCUACAAAUACCAAGAAAGCAAACAUAUGAAAACAGUUUGAGAACCUUAAAACCCCAGUUUUGAAUAAGUUUUAAAAACUACUGUUGUGUACAAAUCUAUAUGUGAAUUCCAGAUAUUUAAGUUUGAAAUCUGAUUAGAAUAGUUAUUUUGAACUUUAUUUAUUUUAAAACCAAAUUUUUAGGUGUUCUACACAUAUGAAUACUGAAAAGUCAUUCAGUUUCUAAUCGUUUUGGUUUUUUGAAUUAAUUGAGAGACUUUGUUUGAUAUGAAUACUGGGCUCAUGUUUGUCCACUAAAAUCAGAAAAGCUUGAGUCCAUAAAACUCUACUUUCUAACAACUAUGACAGUAUUACCACUCUUAAUGUAUUACAGAUAUAAAACUGAUUUACUCAACUGCACUGUUAACUAAUUUUAAACCUUUAUUUUCUUUGAAUAGCCUUUUUUUUUUUUUUUUCCAUUUGGGAGCUUGUCGUCUAAGAAAUGGUUUAUAAAGCCACAUUCUUAAAGCAUUUGAACUACAGGGAAAGCACUGAAAGAAACCAGUUUGGAGUAAAAAGCUACUCUUGGAAGAGAGAUAAGCAAACCAUGUGGGUUUUUGUAUCUCUACAGUCUUGGAGUCCGUGAACUUACAUUUGGGGUUACCUCAAGAACUCAGGGAACAAUACCUUAAACUGUCUUCCUGAACUACUGUAGGGCCUCUUUAAACAUUUGAAAUGUAUAAACCAUAUGACCUUAUUUAUUUGUCUUAUGUAUUUACAGCCAUAGUAGAAUUUUUAUUUCUACAUUUUUAAUGAAUUUAAUCUUCUGGGGAAAGGCCUUGAUUUUAGAGUGAAAAACCUAUUCUAACUUGUGGAAGAGGUUUUUUUGUUUAUGUUAAUAUAGGUCAAAAUUUGCACACUUCUUAGUCCUAUAUAUCACAAAUCUGAUCGUAAGAAUUUCUUACUAUGAUAAGCAUUGGCAUGCCACCUACGGUAAAGGGCUGGCAAAUAGGACUUUCCAUUCAGUCUCAAGAACAGGACUUUAUAGCACAGCAAACAUUUUAGAUUGAGUAACAUUUUUUUCCAAGUACAGUAAACCUACAAAAGCCUGAACCUGUGUAAGGCAAAAACUUGUCAGAGAAGGAAAACUCAGAUACUUUCCACUAAAAUGAGAGAGAGAAAAGUGGUAAGACUGUACCCUGUCAAAGGCAGAAAACUUGCAAGACCUAGAAAAACAAGGCAGUCCUGUCGAUAACGGCUCUCACAGGUUUCAUUGUACUAUCUCUGCUUCUAGACUACUUCAGCCAGAAGUUGGUGGAGGACUUGCUACAUCAAGACACUAACAAAGCUCAUCAAAGCCACCUACUUGUUUUUGUAGGAGAGGAAUUAGAUCAGAAGAAUUCAUUUUGUGGAUUCCAGGAAGCCAUGCCCAUCUGUUUAUAAGAGAUAUAACAGAAGAAUUAAACACCACUUUAUGAGCAGGAACAUAUGAUAAAGCAAACUGCCUAUUUAGUCAUAUAAUGUCAGAAACUCAGUCUCAAAAUAAUUUCCAUCAGGGAACCUCAGGGUUCCUUGGGACGUAACCAACCUCCUGCCAACCAGCAGUCCUUGCUACAAGAGUCCUGAUAAGGCAUGACUGUUCAUAGGACUGGGAGAUCACAUGGUGAAAUUGACCUUUCAAUUUUUGGACAGUUCGUAUUAUCAAAAAGUCCUGGUUUCCUCUUAGAAAUAUAAUUUCAAUCCUUCCUCAUAAUUACACUUCAGAAUAUUUGACAUAUGCUAUUAUGUCUUCCCUAAAUCUUAUCUUCUCCAAUUUAAACAUUCCUAGUAAACCCAACUAUUUGUAUGGCAUUCACUUUAACAAAAUUUUUGUCACUUAAAACUGUGGAUAGGCAUAGACUAUGGUCAAAAAUAAAACUAAGCAUCUAUGGUGUAUAUAUGUGAUAUGCUUCAAGUUACUCAAGGUUAUUGCCAUUGCAACUGAACACCAAGCACAUUUCUCAAAUAGCUGGCUUAGCAUGUGAUCACAUUUGUUGUCAUUUUUAUAUUAUGAAAAGUGUAGUUUAAUUUGCUUACUUCCUACAGAUUUGUAUUUAUAUGUAUAUAAACUUCUGUACAAUGAUUAUAAAUAUGACUUUCUGUAAAGUUUUAGACUACAUUUAAAAUCCUUGUAUCCAAAAUGAAAUGCUGCUCAAAUGAAAGUUAACAAAAAUAUAGGUGCUUAAUUUCCUGCUUUACUCCACCUAAAAGAUUGGGGAAAAAAAACAAUGUGAAAAGUAUCAUAUAAGAAUCUUAAAUUUAUACAUUUGUGCAGCAGUUUAUUUUUGUAGACUGGAGUGGGAAUUUAACUGCAGUUUAUAAAAUAGCUUACAGUUUUUUCAAAGACCUUUUAAGGAGAUUUAAGUUUAAACUUAAAUGUUUAAUAUUUGCUUUCAGACUUUAAAUAGCACUCUUCAAAAUUGGAAGUUAUAUAUUAUUUUAUAGGCAUUUAGCUGCUUGUUUAUUAAAAGCACUGGGUUUUUUAAGGCUUUUUUAACUUCUGAAGAACAGUUAUUUAAAAUUUAGCCCUAGAAGACAGGAUCUUCAUUUCAAGGAAAGGGAAUCAAGUUUGCCUUUGUGAUAAUAAUACUUUACACUAAGAAGAGGAAAAUGUACGUAGUAAAACAUACAUUAUUCUAUUUUGCUUUCUUCUGCUGUUUAGAAGCCUGAACUCUUAAGCUCAAAUUUGUGAAGGGAGAGAAGCAGAAGAGGAAGGAUGGAACCAGUAUUGUGUUUUACUUAUUUUUCUGAAACUCUUCCUAAACCCAGAUUUUUAAAACUCAUAAAUCUGAAUCCUUCCUAGAAGCUUCAAAUGCAUUGCUUAUAUAUUUAAUCUUUACCAUAUUUUACAUAAAUAGAUCACAAAGUCAUAGGCUUACAGGGUAUAGGAGGAGAUCUUACAGGUCUAGUAUUUCAAUAACGUAUCAAUACCCAGGGCAGGUAUUGUUUUGAGGAACUAUUUUUUAAAAAUGAAUACAGUUUUAUGGUGGACUUUGGUUUUUAAAUGUGGAAAAUGAAUUUUUUAUUUUUGUGAUUGUUAUGAUUGACUCUUCUGUCUUUUUUGCUGAGUGAAGAAAAAGAGAAAGGUAUCAUUAUUGCCAGUACCUUAAAGAUGCUCCCAAUCAAGGCAAGGCUAAGAGCUUUGUAAGAGUAUUAAACAAGUCCUGUUUUGAAUGGAUUACCUGUACUGACUCAUGGGAAUGAUAUAAUUAUAAAAGUAAUGCCAAAAACCAAGUCAAUGCCUAUUAAACCAAGUCAUUCCAUAUUUGAAACUUAUCCUUUAUAUCAUAUUUGGACCUAUUUCAGCACUGUAAAGUAGUUUUGGUUUUAUGGCAUGUGGCUAGUUGUUUAAUAACAAAUUAAUCAAAGUUAGCUUUUUGCUUUUCAACUUCUUUGAAUGAUACAAGUUAAAUUUAUUCUUACCGGGGAGACAUCACAGCAUGAUUUAAGGGAACAUUUUUCGUGAAGGAAAACCUGAGGUGGAGAGAGCCUGAGUUCAUCUAAAGCCAUCUCUAGAAUUCUGUUCAAAUAAAGAUGUAUUUAUAUCGGCUUUGUGUAUUUCAUCUUAGCCCUUCUAUCUUAGAAAGAUUUUAACAUGAGCUUAAAAUGUAAAUAAAUAAAUAAUUUUGUA